AACUGUGUCAGGGAAAAGUCAAGUACUCUGGUAAUACCACGAAUUUGAGGGCACAUUUAGCAAGACACCAUUCAGACACUCAGUUAAACGAACAGCAAGCUAAACGAGUCGAUUCGUCACAACUCACCCUUGCUCAAGUUCAAACGCACAAAUUACCAACGACUUCAACUCGUGCAACCAAAAUAACCCAGUCGGUAGUUUAUUUCAUUUGUAAAGACAUGCGCCCGCUCAGUGUGGUUGAAAACGAAGGUUUCCGUUAUAUGGUGCAAACAAUGGAGCCUCGUUACACUAUACCGUCCCGGCAACACAUCACUGAUAUCGCUGUGCCCAAUCUUUACAAGGAGGUUAAAACAAACGUGUUGGAAUGUCUAGCUUUAGCUGAGAAGGUUGCCUUGACGUGUGACGCUUGGACGUCUAGGGCUACCGAGUCAUAUGUGACGCUUACGGUCCAUCACAUAACUGACGAAUGGAAGCUGGAAUCCUGUGUACUGCAGACGAGAGCGAUGUACGAUAGCCACACCGGAGAGAACAUCGCUGCCCUACUGAAAGAGGCCGUUGCUGAGUGGCGUCUGAACAUAAAAGAUCCUGUCUUAGUUACAGAUAAUGCAGCAAAUAUGCAUGUGGCGGCUGAACUUGCCGGCAUGAGCCACAUACGGUGCUUUGCACACAGUCUUAACCUCGCCUCACAGAAAGCGCUGAAAGUGCCAUCAGUGGAUCGACUACUCGGCAGGGUCAGACGCGUCACCGCAUUUUUCAGACGCAGCACCAUAGCUAGCCAGCAGCUUAAACAAAAUCAGCUCCUGCUCAAGCUACCAAAGCACAGACUAAUUACAGACGUUGUUACAAGGUGGAACAGCUCGUAUGAUAUGGUGGACAGGUUUUUAGAGCAGCAGCCAGCCAUCUGUGCAGCUCUCCUUUCAACAGAGGUCCGCAAGAGUGAGAAGGAUAUAUUCACACUGACUGAUGCUGACAUCACAUGUGCUGAAGCAGUACUCAAGGCACUCAAGCCCAUGAAGGAUGCUACCUUAGUGAUGUCAGAGGAGAGCAUGCCUACUGUUUCCAUCAUUGCACCACUUUAUGCAAAGCUUGUCACGGGCACAGAAGAACACCUGGAUGACACACAAACCGUGAAGAGUAUCAAGGCUGCUAUAGCAAAAGAUCUGGGAAAGAGAUAUGCUGGUGAUGAACAGGAUAUACUGCGAAUGGCAUCAGCUCUUGAUCCUCGGUUUAAGGAUCUACCAUUUCUCUCUGAAGCAGAGGCCAAUGAUAUCUACUUCAAAAUAACUGAUGCUGUGGUGGAUGACCUCACCAAGCAACAGAAUCAGCAAGGAGAGGUAGAAAGUCCAAUGGAGGAAACUGGCUGGUCAGAGGAGGUUGAUCAGCCAAACUACGAGGAUGGCCCUGUAUCCACCCAGUCCCCCAGCAAGAGACCAAGGAGCUCAUGUGCUUUGGCAGACUUGCUUGGACCUACUUUUGCCUCUACCAAAAACAAUGCAACACCAAAAUCUGCACAUUACACUGCAACAGCUGAGGUUAAACGUUUUAGGGAAGAACCCCCUUUGCCACUUCCAGAGAAUCCUCUCAGUUGGUGGAAGUUCCAUGAGCACGAGUACCCUCACCUAUCCAAAGUUGCGAAGCGCUUUCUUUGCAUUCCCGGUACAAGUGUCUCUUCGGAGAGAGUUUUCUCCUCUGCGGGAGAUAUUGUUAAUGCACAGAGAAGUGUCUUAAAGCCUGAGCAUGUUGAUCAGCUGGUUUUCCUCCACAAAAACCUUAAGAUUAAAUAAGCUUCCCUUUUCAUUGAUUUAAUUAGUGUUACAUUCCUAAAUGUUUCCUUUAGGAAUUGUGUUUUUGUAACACUAAGUGUUAUGUGUUGGAUGUACCCAUAUUAGUGCAAGCAUUUUUUUAAUGACAGAUUGCACCUCAGAUUGCACCUAAUGUGUUAUGCAUUAGCCUAGAUGUCACAGUCAGGGGCUAUGUAUUUUCUUUAAUUGACAAUUUACAUUUGUUCCUUAAUGUUUCCUUUAGGAAUCGUGUUCGUGUUUUUACAACACAAAACGUGUUGGUCUGUUGGAUGUACCCUGUGUUCUAGGAAUAGUGCAAGCAUUAUUUUUAUUGACACAGACAGAUGUCUUUUAUUUUUUUCAGAUUGCACAUAAUGUGUAUGUGUUAUGUAUUGUGACAGGGGCUAUGUAUUUUCUUUUAUUAUGGCCUACUUGAGCAUAUAAAAAUUUGCUCACUAAGAACCUGUGAACCACAAAUCCCAAACUGUUUGAUUUUCUGUGUACUGAAUUGUUUACCAAAAGUAAACUUCUUUGAGUUUUAUGCA